GCACGUGACCUCCAGGCCGGAAGCGGUCCGGCCGGCGCGUGUUCGCGCGUCUCUCGGCUUCCGCAGGGAUCCCCGCCGCUGCCGGUCGGCCCCCGCCCCGAGUCCCGGGCUCCGCCGCCAUGUGCUCCGUAGCGCCGGGUGCUGUCGGUGGCCGGGCCGCCGUGGAGGACGACGACGGCCUGCCGGAGCUGUCGGACAGCGGGGACGAGGCCGCGUGGGAGGACGAGGACGAGGCCGAGCCGGCCGCGGGCCGGCGCCAGACUCCCUGCCUGUUCUGUCACAGGUUAUUCACAUCUGCUGAAGAGACGUUUUCACACUGUAAGUCAGAGCAUCAGUUUAAUAUUGAUAGCAUGGUCCAUAAACAUGGACUUGAAUUUUAUGGAUAUAUUAAACUAAUAAAUUUUAUUAGGCUUAAGAAUCCUACAGUUGAGUAUAUGAACUCCAUAUACAACCCAGUGCCUUGGGAGAAAGAAGAGUAUUUGAAGCCAGUGUUAGAAGAUGACCUUUUACUUCAGUUUGAUGUAGAAGAUCUGUAUGAACCAAUAUCAGUCCCAUUCUCAUACCCCAAUGGGCUCAGUGAAAAUACUUCUGUUGUGGAAAAAUUGAAGCAUAUGGAAGCCAGGGCACUGUCUGCUGAAGCUGCAUUAGCCAGAGCUCGUGAGGAUCUGCAGAAAAUGAAACAAUUUGCUCAGGAUUUUGUGAUGAAUGCAGAUGUCAGAACCUGCUCGUCAUCUACUGCCAUUGCGGACCUCCAGGAGGAUGAGGAUGGUGUUUAUUUCAGCUCAUAUGGGCAUUUUGGGAUACAUGAAGAAAUGCUAAAGGACAGAGUUCGAACAGAAAGCUACAGAGAUUUCAUAUACCAAAACUCACACAUCUUCAAAGACAAGAACCAGAGCAAUACCAGACUAAAUAAACUUGAAGAUACUAUUAUACUCAUUAAAGGAAAGAUUGAAGACGUUCAUCUUCCUGUAGAAAAAGUGGAUAUUAUUAUAUCUGAGUGGAUGGGAUAUUUUCUUCUUUUUGAGUCUAUGUUAGAUUCUGUCCUUUAUGCAAAAAACAAAUACUUGGCAAAAGGAGGAUCGGUGUACCCUGACAUUUGCACUAUCAGCCUGGUAGCUGUGAGUGACGUGAAGGAACAUGCUGACAGAAUUGCUUUCUGGGAUGAUGUCUAUGGCUUCAACAUGUCCUGCAUGAAGAAAGCAGUUAUUCCAGAAGCGAUUGUGGAAGUUCUAGAUGCAGAGACUCUUAUUUCAGACCCUUGCGGUAUUAAGCAUAUAGAUUGCCAUACAACAUCUAUCUCAGAUUUGGAGUUUUCUUCAGAUUUUUCCCUGAAAAUCACAAAGACAUCCUUGUGCACGGCAAUUGCUGGCUACUUUGAUAUAUAUUUUGAAAAGAAUUGCCGCGAGAGGGUCAUGUUCUCCACGGGACCCCAGAGUACCAAAACACACUGGAAACAAACAGUGUUUCUACUAGAAAAGCCAUUUUUAGUGAAAGCAGGUGAAUCCUUAAAAGGGAAAAUCACAGUUCACAAGAAUAAGAAGAAUCCUCGUUCUAUCAUCGUGACACUCACCUUGAAUAAUUCAACUCAGACCUAUGGACUUCAGUGAGAGGCUGUGACAGUACAAUUCCUUGCAGUGGUCAGCAGGACGGAAGGGGAGCCUGUGGGUGGCAGCCCUGUCCUGAGUCCCCUCAGUAAGAGAAGCACAGACAGGAUCUGCUGGCCGUGCUGGGGACAGGGUCACUGACAGAUGGCUGUGCAGCCAGCCUUAACCAGCUGCAGCUCUGUUGAGUGUUGCUGUGUUGAUAAUCAUUUACCUUAGCCUGCACUCAGAGCAGUGACUGUCUUAUUUUUAGUAAGUUUCUUCUUACAAAUUUUAAAUAGUAAUUGAUUACUUUUAAAAUAAUAUUUUUGUUAAACUAGUAACAGGAAGUACAUUUUAUUGAACUUGCCUCUCAGGAGGAAUGGUUUUUAGUUGCAUUUGCUAGAAUAUCAGGAUAGAGCACACAGAGGAAGGCCUGAAAGCAAGUCUUGGCCCUCCUGCCCCGCACACUGCAGUUCUCAUUCUGUGGACAUUUCCUCUCAAUAGUCUUUAGCCAUGGACUUCUAGAACUGGCCAGGAGCCUAAUCCAGUGUGUAUAUUCUAUGUUUCAUACAAGGUUUUAAAGAAUAGGAUAAAUAUGUACUUACUAGUAUAUUACCUUUUUCAAACUAGAUCUGUGUGCAGAGGUUAAACAGUACACUUGUAUCAGGAAGUUGUGUAAUUUGCAAUCAUUGAUUCAAUUCUAAACAACAAAAAGCAUUCAGUAAAAUGUACAUAGCUAUUAGCAUUAAAAAAUAUUUCUGCAUACUCAGGCCUCUUGUAAAGGCGGAUUUAUAUAUGACAGUCUUAACGGAGGCGUGACCCUAGGAGAGCAGACACGGCGCGUAUACAGCAGCAGCUGGCUCCUUGUCAAGGCAUAGCAUGGGCCAGGCAGCUUAGCAUUGUGGUGGGCAGCCCAGCUCCUGGCUAGGUGUGUGGCUUCAGCCCUGACCCUCACUCUUACUGCAGUGUCAUCUCCAUCCCUCUUGAACAUUUUUCUCCUCUCAUAAUAAUGCAUUCCGAGCACUUAGAUGGGCGCCUGCACCUAGAAGCACAGA